CAUAUAGAGCUUGGCUCACUAGUACACCUAGGCCAUGACGCUCGGGAAAUGGACACGGCGUGGAUGGCCAGCUUAUACAGUAGUAAAGGGGCAUUUAUAAGCGGCGGAACGCUUAUUACCAAUCGCUUUGUUUUAACAGCAGCUCAUUGCUUACAUAGAUCCUUAAGAUUCGUGCGCCUUGGGGAGAAGGAUAGAUCGUGCCGAGCCCCGAUACGUACAAAUGUAAGGGAGUAUACCGUGAGCCAGGUGAUACCUCAUCCCCGAUUUGAAAGCAAGACUUUUCCUAGGAUGUACGAUAUAGGCCUUAUAAAGCUGAGCGAAACGGUUGAUUAUAAUAGCUACAUCCGCCCUAUUUGCAUAAUCGUAGAUAGGGCUGUCAGCUUCCCGGAUAACAUUAAAGGUAGGGCCUACGGCUGGGCUUGACGAACCCUGACGUACUGGUGUACAGCGAUAUAAUUAGGAGCGUCGUCUUAACUCGAAAAAGCCUCAGGGAAUGCGAGAGCAUGUUAACCAGGGACGACCAGUUCUGUGCGGAGUCAUCCAAUGGGGGCGAUACCUGUUCCGGCGACUCCGGGGGGCCGAUGGCGGCGGACUAUGAGUAUCAGGGGAAUAAAAGCUACGUGCAGGUCGGGAUCCUGAGCUACGGUUCAACCCAGUGUAAUGGCAGAGGUGUUUUCACGAAGGUGUAGAGCUACCAAGACUGGAUUGCUGAAAUGGUGCAAAAAUACAACGACUCCGACUCCCUUUUGGUUGAGGAGUGCGGCAGCCACUGGCCGGGUAAUAUUACAGUGCGCCUUUGGGAGGUAUCCCUUCUUCAGGGCACUAUCAAAGGCACUCUGAUCACCGACCGUAAGCACCUACCUCACGCCACCUUGAACUCCAUGAGUUAUUUAUAAAAAGGUGUAUGGGAUCAAUAGUUAUCUCCUGGUUGGCAUAAUAACCCAUUUUAGGAAUGGGGUGAUCGUCUUCACCGAUAUUCAACAUUUUAUGGAUUGGAUAUUACAAAUAGUUGCAGAUGAAGACGAGGAACCCAUAGGCCAGAGCAGACCUCAAUCCCAAGUGUAUGAACUCACCUACCGCGCAUCGGCCGGAGUUUUAAAGCCCUCAAAAGGAAAUUAAAAAGGUUUUUUAAGUAUCCUAAGUAGUUGGAUUUCUAGCAGAAUAAGAUUUUUGUAAAUGAAAUUUAAGCUAUGUCACGAGCAACAGUCAGUAUAAUUACGCAAAAUAAUGUUUACUAUUUUUGAUCUGCGUGCGACUGGGUUCAAUUUUUUAAAUUGUGAGCCCGAAAAAUUGUCCAAGGUUAACCU